GAGGAGAGAAGGGAAGGGAAUGGUUGAAACGAAUGAGAAUGAACGACUGACACGCGUCUGGUGGAGGGCGAUAAGGACAGACCCAGAUAAAGACACAUUCCCUCUGAGGGUUUUUGCAUUCUUCGUGUUGCGCUGGGGCUGUGAAGAGAAAACUGCACGCAAAGCAAAGUUGAGGGCCUGCACAGGGUCAUGGAGUACUGCCAUCCAUCGCCAGUGAAGAAUGGUUAAGGGUGUCCGUGUUGGGGAAAGAGGACCCGGCGUCGGCCCGUGUGGGUGCCGGAGCCAGGAGGGCAGGGAAGGAUGGCUGGAACGACAGGCGCAGACGGGGAGGACGUAGGGCGGCAGAGAGGAGUGGGAGACGCCAGUGCGAGAGCGGCUCGUGUUCGUGGCGGUGCUCCGAGCCGCCCAGGUGAAGUUGUCUACUGAUCCCACUUCACAGGAAUUGAAACUGGUGAAAGAAAUACUCUUGGAACAAAACUGCCACCAAACUUUCUUGAAUCUAUUAUCCUCAAGUGAGGGACGCGGACUGCCGGCGUGAAGGCCACAGACGAACCAGUGACGGCAGAUUCCCGCCUUCUGAACGUCAGUAAAAAAAUCUAACACAUCAAAUACUCGAAGUGUUGAUAACGGAAAAACAAUUUGUGAAAGUUAAAGGACAUUUUUUCCCACUAGAUACGCAUAACAAGAAUAGACGUCUUGGGAAAACAGAACCCUUGUCUAGUGUCCUUCAAGGUAUUCCCUUCAAAUGUACAAUGACAAUAAUAAUACAACUUCUGUGAUGGAAGGUGUUGAGGGUACAAAAUGAAUUCGUCCAUGAAGAGCACGAACAGUAUUGGCGUGAACCUGUAAUGGACAUAAACAGUGGGAUCCAGAUACACACACGGAGGUGACAGCUACGUGACCUCAUCCCAACAGCCUUGACCCGGAUCAUUCACGGUGACCUGACCACAGCUGGGAAUUGGAGCCACUGUCACCAGAGCCACACUAUCCUCAUCACUACUGACUUCUGACAUCACUCGUGUGCGGGUGUGGCGAGGGGCACGGCUGCCAUGGUGGCGGCGGUGACGGCUACGUGUGCAUUCCUGAAAGCUAGAGGCUUCGCGCGGGCUGUUCCCGCUUGACCUUAGCUCGAAGACACUCGCCAUUGUCCCAGCAACCAUGUACAACUCCAGUUCCAGCACCGCCGCCCUCACCAGCACAGCGGCACCCCUCCUGGCGGCGGUGCUCUCCUCCAUUGCCCCGCAGCCCACAUCCAUCCUCGAUCCAACCCUGGACUCGCCCACCCCGGCCCUUGUCAACGGGACGGACAAUGCCACGGCGGAGAUGCAUGAGUACGCUCCCUUCCUCGCCGGGUCACGCUACGUGGUGCAGCGAGUGUUGGUGCCGGUGGUCCUGGUGUUGGGCGUCGUGGGCAACACCGUCACCAUCGUCGUCCUCACCCGCCGCCAGAUGAGGUCGUCCACUAACUCGUACCUCACAGCGCUGGCCAUCUCGGACCUGCUGUACCUCGUCUUCAUUUUCUCGCUCUCUAUCCGCCACCACCCGGGCAUGAACAAACCCCACCACUGGAUUUACUGGCACUACUUCCGCUACGCCCUGUGGCUCACCGACGCCUCCAGCUCCACCUCCAUCUGGCUGACCGUCACCUUCACCAUCGAGCGGUACAUCGCCGUGUGUCACCCCAUCAAGGGCAAGGUGUUCUGCACGGAGAGUCGCGCCAAGAGGGUCAUUGUGGCGGUGUUUGUGUUGUGCUUCUCCCUCACCGCCUCCACGCCGCACGAGUGGGUCAUCCUGAGGACCACAGACAGCUCGGGACAGACGCUUCUCAUGAUGGACUACUCCUGGCUGGGAUCACACAAAACCUAUAAGAAGGUGUUCUACUGGUUCACGGCCGUCAUAUUCAUCCUGCUGCCGCUGGUGCUGCUGGCGGUGUUCAACUCGGUCCUGAUACACAUCGUGAAGCAGAGUCGCGCCACCCGCCGCACAAUGACCAACUCGGCCGUCGAGCGCGACUCCCACUCACAGUCACAAGAGAACAAGAUCACCAUCAUGCUUAUCGCCGUAGUGCUGCUGGCGCUCUUCUGCCAGCUGCCCGUGGCGGUGAUGCUGGUCUACCAGUCCUUGCACCAGUCGAAGCGGGGUUCCAGCUCUUUCUACAUCGAGCUGGGUCUGGGUAACAUCUUCAACCUGCUCGCGGCUAUCAACGCGGCCUGUAAUUUUGUGCUGUACUGUGCAAUGAGUGACAAGUACCGGCGAACCUUCCUUUCCACCUUCUGCUCCCGCUGGUACCGGCAGCCGUCGCCCCUCCACUCCUGGAUGGCCACUGCCUACAGCAACGUGGAAGACGGCAGCCCCAGAUUCUCGCGAGUCUCCUCCAUGAGGAUGUCGCGAAGGUCCUCUCACAGGAGUAGUGGGUCGGGCAGCCCAAGGGGAAGCCCCACUCAGGGCCGCUUCCUGGGCGGGUUUGGGCGCCAGGGGCCCUACCUCACUGUACCCGCCCACCCUACUCAUGCCGCCCACGAUGACCCCGCCCAAGCUUUCUUACGCAAGGCAUCUCCGGGGGCCGCCACCCAUCACGGCAACAAUGGUGUAGCGCCUCGCCCGCCCAGCCCUCCCAGCCCUGCACACAUCAGCCCCGCCGCCUCUGCUGCCGCUCUUCUCAACGGCCAGCCCGAGUCCCCUCACCGAUCGCAAGCCUCAGGAGCCUCGCCGGGCAAGGGGCCGCGUCGCCUGGCUCACCGCCUCGCCGCCCUACUUCCAGGCAAUCGUGCUCCUAGAACUCAGCUCGCCGGCCGCCACAUUGUCAUCACCUGCCAGCAGCCUUCCCUCGACGACCAGACGGCGCUCUGAGGGGUUAGGAAGUGGUGUGCGACUGAGGGUGUAAGGAUGAAAAACUACCCUGAGAGUGUGUGAAAAGAUCUCAUUUACCGACAGCACAGUAUGAAGCUGUCAUAGAAGUGACAAUAGAUGAACAGUUCCCUAAAAAUAGGGUAAAGCUUUCUAAAGACGCAAGUCGUAAAUGAAUGAUAAAAUGUCCCCCGGGUGUGGAAAUGGAGAUCCAGUUCAGGACCACGACUGGGGGCUACUGCGACCACUUGGCAUACGAUGGAGUUGAAUAAAUCGAAUGCCUCGAUCAUCAGGCACUGUGAGCUUAUUUCAACUUUUAUGUUGCGUUUAUUGCAGUUUAUUUUGCAACUGAAGAUGAAACAUUAUCCGAGGAGCUUUCUGUUGCACGAAAGUAACUCAAUAAUGAACAAAUCGCUAGAUGCUGAUUAUUAGGCGAAGCAAUAUUGUGCACUUUGCUUCCUCUACUAUCCUCGGCAAGAAGUUGGCGGCGUUUAUUGGCUUCGACUUCCCAACAACGUCAGCUCGGAAAAGUUGCCAGUUCGACAAUGGGAAACAUCCGGACUAGUAAGACUACCUUUGUGCUAGGCCUGGAAUGAGGAAACCUAGCGAAUAUCCCCAAGGACAGGAGUAUGUGUCAUUGUACUGUGCUCAUUCAUUGCCCGCGUCGGUAUAUGACUUGCAGACCCGUCAGUAGCAGGCUGUACACACAGUCGACGUGAAUGACAGAUUUUAGUUGCCUUUACUAACAACAAACGAAAAGGGCAAUCAAGAACUUUUGAGACGACACAAGGAGGAAUAGACAUCUGUUUGUUCAUUUGUAAUGAAGCAAAUAAUUGACCGACAAGAUUUGAAACAAU